UUAUGCUUAAUGCUUAAAAAAAAAAUGGAAUGCGUUCAUCGGAGUUUCAACAAUCGUGUUAUGAAAAUUUACAAUAUCUUGAAAAUUAAUUAAAGUUUACACCAACGAGUAGUUUCUAAAAUGGGUCGAUCAAGGUCCCGAAGUAAAACACCACGACGACAUCAUAAAAGUAGCAAACAUUCAAGAAAGAAGAGUCGUUCGAAAGAUCGCUCUUCAUCGCGAAGUAGAAGUUCUAAACACGCUGAGAAAACUAGAGAACGGAGUUCCAAAUCAAGAAAAAGAUCGCAUUCAGCGUCAUCAACAUCUAGUAGUGGCGGUUCUUAUGAUGCAAAUAGAACUAGCAGAAAGAAAUCCAAAGGACGCAGUAAAAUGGACGAAGUCGAUCGGCUUGCAGAAAUGGAAAGACAAAGACGUAUUAGAGAAGCAGAACAAAAGGUAGUUGAAGAAGAGGCGGCAAAAAGAAUAGAACUACUUGUAAAGAAGAGGGUUGAGGAAGAACUGGAGAAGCGUAAAGAUGAAAUAGAGCAAGAAGUUGCAAAAAGAGUUGAAGAGGCAAAAAGAAAGAUGGAGAAAGAAAUGAUGGAGGAACUAGAAAGGCAAAGAGAACAGCAACGUCAGGAGGAGAUGGCUAGACAGGAGGAAGAAGCUCGUAAAAGGAAAGAAUUGGAGGAAAUCAUGGCAGAAAAUAACAGAAAGAUAGAGGAAGCUCAACGCAAGCUGGCUGAAGAAAGACUAGCGAUGAUAGAAGAACAAAGAAAAAUGGAUGAAGAAAGACAAAAACUUAAAAAAGAACAAGAAAAGCGAAUUAAAGAGGAACAAAAGAAAAUUUUAGGGAAAAAUAAUUCAAGACCCAAACUGUCAUUUUCACUGAAGCCUCUCUGAUGGGUAUUGUGAAUAUGUAAUAAACUUUUGCUAAGUUAAAAUUCUAUGUAUCUUGUGUUAGACAAAAUUUUCCAAGUGUCGUAAUUAGGGUUUGAUUUAAAAAAAUUGCAAAAUAAUAGGAAUAAUGAUAACAGAAACAUUUAAACUUAUUCCAUUUGAUUCAUAAAACAACAAAAUAAAAACUAGGUUAACUGAUGGCGUGGCUUAACAUUUUGUAUUGUCAAUAUAUCAUAAUGUUGAUUUUUUUGUACAGAAUCUCUAACAUGUUUGACAAAGACUUGUUGUCCCUUUCGAAACCACACACGAGAAAGAGAGUAAGAAAGAGAAAGAGAGAACUAUUAUUUAGACCUGUCAAAUUAGUUAGAAAUUCUAUAUCCAUUUGGCGCAAUUCUCAAAUAUAGAAUUUGCUUACUGAAAGUCGAAAUAAAACUCGAACGCUUGAAAGCACACAUUGAUAAUUAAAAGGUCUUAUUAGAUAUUUAUCAAUAUACACACACACAACCACUUUUAUAAAAUGUCAGUAACAUUUAAGGGUAAAUAAUUUCUAAAGCAUUCUUUAAUACAAGAUAAUGUUAAGUAGUAAAUAAUCUUAUUUAUAGUAUCAUACAUUUUUUUUACAAAUAUAUAUUAUAUAACAGAAUACAAUCCAAUUUUAAUUUGUUUAUGGUUUGAUUCAUACUGAAUUAUUUCCUUUACACUUUCGAAUCACUGCAAAAAUAGAAAAUUUACAGCAAAAUAAAUUAAAACUCCAUUGAAAUCCGUCCACACGAAAAGUUUCACAUAGUUUAUCCAUAGUUUUCUUUUAUUUACUGCAGAGUUGUUAUACUUCAGAACAAUAAAAGAACAAACUGUAUCUUGUCAAGAAGAUAGUUGUUAGUAGGAAAAUUUAAGGCAUGACUAGGCUUAUGUAUCUAAAAAAAACGAAUUGGACUAAAAUAAAUAUUCUGUUAUAUUUAAAAACAUGCUUAUGACUGAAACGGAAGAAGAUGAAUAAUUAAUCUCAACGUGCUAUCAUUAUUGAAGUUUUUUAUAAAUUAUUAUUUUAUGGCAUAUUUCAAUUGAGGCUACACCUAUUUGAAUAUAAUUGGAAAAACUAAUCUUAAACAAUAGAAUUGUCUUGAAAUAACAGAUAGAGGCAUACACGUUUGACAAUAUAGAUGCGCGUGCGUCUUUUCAUAAUAAUCUUCGACUUCUCAUUUAGACCUUUGGGUAUUGAAUAUUAAUUGGCUUAAAAAAUAGAAUGUAGGUUGUAGAAAAUGUAUGUAAAGAGCUAUUACGAUCAAAAUGAUACGAUAAAAGAAGAACGCACGCCGCACCAGAUCGUCUAUAAUAAAACUAUUAAUUAUCUUAGUUGAAUAAAAUUUAUAUAAUUAACAAGACAGUAUAAUUUACAGUACCAGCAGCUCUAUAGAUAAAAAACAAUCGAUAUUUAAAGCUGUUAUUUAAAAAAUCCUGUUACUAUGUAAUGAUGUGGGAGUAGCAACGAUUUUUUUCUAUAUAUAUAUAUGUUAGUAAUAAUAAUAUUUCAGAUGAAUAUUUAAUCAUAUAACAACAUAAAUAAUAACAUAUUUGAGUUGCAGAAUUGCGAACGCAGACCAUUUCUGUUAAUCAAUUGUAUUCUUUUAUAUAAAUAACAUAAUAAUCAAAAUAUCAACAUAAGAAAUAGCUGAGACAGAGGCCUUUGAAUUAACAUUAUAUAGCAAUACAUUUACGAAUCCGAACGUUUUAGAUAUUGUGAAAGUUGUUAUGUAGAUAUAGAUAUUUGUUAAAAUGCAAAUAUAUACUGCUAAAUUAAAUUAUUAACAAAGGUAUCUUUUAAGAGUUGUUAGAAAUCAGUGACAUGUUUCCACUGGUCUUGUCAAAAUUGUCUAAAAUAAAAGUUUUGUAUCAAAAUAUCAGUAAUCUUAGAUUUUAACUAGAUUAGAUUUUAUAUAUUCAUCAUCAUUAGAAUAUUAUUUAAUAAAGUAAACUUGAAUUUUGUUGCAAAACUUGUAUUUAAUAUGAUUUUAUUUUCUAAAUGUUUAUAUUCAACUUAUUCGCACGAUAUUUCUUCAACCAUUCAUUUAGUGAACAUUAAAAUAAAGAUCGUGCAUGCAUUUAAACUGACUAUAUGAUUUAAACUUUCAUAAAUCCAUGCACUCUUUAAAGUAGUACCUACUUUCGUUCAUUACUUAUUCAAUAACAUAUUUGUGCACAAUGUCAUUUCACUGUAAUCAAAAUUGAAAGCAUAAAAAUAAAGAUUUAGAAG